AUGCAGCGCCCCAUGGAGCUGGGCGCCGCGCACUACUUCCCAGCUGAAGCCUUCCCAGACCACCGCUCCCACCGCUAUCGGAGCUUCAUGAUAGAAGAGAUCCUCACUGACCCCCCAGACGCCAAGAGUGCUGCGCCUGCUGCGGCCGGUGAGCUGCUCAAGUUCGGCGUGCAAGCUUUGCUGUCUGCGCGGCCCUUCCACAGCCACCUGGCGGUGCUGAAGGCAGAGCAAGCUGCAGUCUUCAAGUUCCCCCUAGCGCCCCUGGGCUGCUCUGGCCUGGGCUCUGCGCUGCUAGCCGCAGGCUCCGGGCUCCAAGGGGGCUCCGCCUCACCUCACCUCCCUUUGGAGCUGCACCUCCGUGGAAAGCUGGAGUCUGGCCCGGCCGAGCCGGGCACCAAGGCCAAGAAGGGGCGGCGGAGCCGGACGGUUUUCACCGAACUGCAACUUAUGGGUUUGGAGAAGCGCUUCGAAAAACAGAAGUACCUCUCUACUCCGGACAGAAUAGACCUCGCUGAAUCAUUGGGCCUGAGCCAGCUGCAGGUGAAGACUUGGUACCAGAACAGGCGGAUGAAGUGGAAGAAAAUAGUGCUACAGGGCGGCGGGCUCGAGUCCCCGACUAAACCUAAGGGGCGCCCCAAGAAGAACUCCAUUCCCACCAGCGAACAGCUGACCGAGCAGGAGCGGGCCAAGGAGGCAGAGAAGCAGGCGGAGAACCUGGGCUCACCCUGCGAAGUCAAUCAGGAGGAGUGA